GCAACCGCUUCGAGGCCCUUCCCCUGGCCCACCUCGUGACGGCGUUGGUGAAGAUGCUGAUGGUGUUGACGGCCUCUAUGGGUUUCGGGGCGAUGCUGCAGAUCCCGCUCCCGGAGCUGACACAGGGGGCGACGGCCACACUGACCGCUGCUGCCUUUAUCAUGCAGAUGAAGCGGCUGACGAAGCGGCUCUUCGUCCUGGAAAAUGCCGGCGGCAGCGUAUCUGGCGAUGCCCGAGGCUCAGCGGCAGUGGGUGCUGCUGAGCAAGGAGCGGACCAUCAUCAGACAGCUGACGGGCCAGCCCUUCCCGCUGGUGAACCAGUUCGGCAUGAUUGUCUCGUGGACGGAUAUCUUCUACCGAUACCUGCCGGUGGUGCUGGAGAGCGCCACGGCCCUCUUCGGCACUGAGGCGUUCGACGCUGCAAACCCCGCCACCCUGCUGCAGCCGCCGCGCAGCCCCUUCAGCUGCGACGAUGUGUACCGGACGUACACCUGCCUGAUCGCCCAACAGCUGAUCAUGUGGGCCGUCAGCAGACACACGGGGCUGAACCGCAUCCGGACGUGGUUGUCGACCAAGCACCCGGUCUCGUCCGCCGCUCGCCGAGCGCACGAACUGGUGAUGCGCCUGGCCGCCAACCUGACGGAUGACACCAAUGGGAUGGGCGUGGAGCAUGUGUUUGACACGGCACAGGGGGAAGGGCUGACGCGGCGCCGCUAUCUGGUGCUCGGGGAGCGGAGGGCAUUGACGGAUGAAUUGGAUGAGCUGCGUCUCUUUCGCUUGUUCGGUGUGUCCGGCCUUCUCCUUGGAUUGAUGUUGGUGGAGGUGUGGGCGGGGUGUGUGCAGCGAGGUUUUCCAGCGUACAUGGGUGGCUGGCUGGCUGCAGCUUAGAUGGAAUCGCUACCUACAUUUCAUAUUCGUCGGUACACACUUGUUUUGUUUCGAUGUACCAUUCUCUUUGCGGAUGUAGCGGUGGGAGAAACAAUUCAUUGUGAUGAUGUUGUGAUGAUAAUGAAUGCACGUGCCGACCAUCCAUCCAUUCAUCGAUUCACCACGUGUCUCUCCCCAUCUCAUGGGUCCGUCCAUUCAUUGUCGAUUCAUACUGCUUUCAUUGUGUGAUCACAUACUGCAUACAUCUAUUCUUGGGCUUCGCUGCUUUCUUUGCAGUGACUGGACAAACAAGGACCGGCUAAGCGCCGGCUUAGCCGCACCUAAAGCCUCACUCAAAGCCCUCUGCCCUAGUUCAAGACUGCACGAAGCCACUCACCACCUUCAUACUGACUCUGCAGACAACCACCGGGCUAGCAGCAACAAGAACAGAGCAAAGACAAGCCAUUCACUGCUGC